UUUAUCGGUCGCCUAUCGGUUCUCAUGCGUCGAAAAAUAAAGUAAUAGUAUAAAAGUAAUUAAAAUUAUGCUUAAUUCGUGCAAUAAAACUCUGUGCAUUAAGUGUACUUGAAGAUUAAACAAAUGCUGUGCGUUCUUUGUACUAUUGUUGCUAUUUUGCAAGUGUAGUUUACAAGAUUUUGAGGGCCUUACACAUUUUUUCAGCAGACGCAUGAAAAAUGGCGGCGUCUUCAGCUACGGCUGAAUGUAAAGAAGAAUGUAAAGAUAAAGAUGACGAUGCAUUAACCACAACGCUACAUUCAUGUGCAAACGAUCCAGAUUUUGCAGUAAUUUGUGCAUUUUUUCAAAAAUUUGCCAAAGAUUUGGGCUUGGCUUUGCCAAAUUUCAAGCAUUUGCAGGAGUGGUUGACAAACAACGAUGAAGUCGCCGAACUGCGCGAUAUGCACAUUAAGCUGUUGCGUAAAACACGCAAAACGGUGCACGAAAAAAGUUGGGAAUCAUCGGUGAGCAAAUUCUGUUUCGGCUACUCCCUGCAGGAUGCCUGGGAGAUUGAGCGAUUCGGUUAUCGCAACUCCAGCCUGAAGGUCAAACUGCGUAUCCUACGCGAACUGCUUGAGAGCCAAUUCGAGCGUAAUGCCAAAUUUCGUGCGAACAUUCUGACGCAAAAUGCGAGCACAUUGCGUGCACAGCCAAUAGGGCGUGAUCGUUUGGGCCACGCCUACUGGCUAACACAGGAUGGGGACUGCAAUUUGCGCAUUUAUCAGGAGCAUUUGGACGAGGAGAUAUGGCAGGUGGUGGCCACCAAUCGAGAUGAAUUUGUGAAUUUAAUUGCACGCUUGCGCGGCAACGAGGUCGUUCUGCCCUCCAAGGAUAUCGGUGAGGCGGAUGAGGAUACUACAAGCAGCAGCAGCAGCAGUCAGAAUGCACCGCAGCCGGCUGCAACCGGAGAACAGCGGUCGGAACAGGAUGAUGAUUCGCACGAGGCAAAGGUACCCAACUUAAAGAUCAAGCUGCGUACGCCCGAGCAGCAGCAGCAGCAGGAGCAAACGGAACCGGAUCUGAAGCCCAAGAAGGUCAAGCCGCUGCUAAUAACUCAGGCCAAACUGAGCGGCUCGCCAGCGCCGGCUAAGAAACGGCCGUUGGAGGAUUCGGACGGCAGUCCACCGUUGGCGUCGGAGGAACAACAUAAGAAGCAGCGACCCACACUGUUGGACACAAAACGUAUUAAGAAGCCCAGUCGCUAUGAAAGCACCAAAUCCGAAGAUGAUAACGAAGUCGACUCGGAAGACUCGGAGUUGGAUGAGGGCGAGGAGGAGGAGGAGGAAUCGCUAGAUGGCGAAGAAGAAUCACUUGAUAGUGCUGCUGCUGACGAGGAUGAAAACGAGCGAAAAUUUAACGAAGACGAUGAAAAUGAUGAAGAUGAAGAUGAUGAGGAUGAUGAUGAUGAUGAUAAUGAUGAUGAAGUCGGCGAAGCCAUUGAAGAGCCUACGUUAAUAGUUCGCGGCCAGGGAGCCGGUCGUGACUGCCAGGCAUUGCCAGAUGAUAUACAGUUUCUUAGCGACUUUGCAGCUAAUGAGGAAUUGGAUGCGCCUGUGGGCGAGACAAUCGUUGAACCGCUCUACUAUGUGCUCGGCUCAGGCAGCGGCGCUGAGUGCCUGGUUGGCAAUGGCAAUACGGAAACCAAUGCCGAGGAAGAGCCCCCAGCAAAGACCGAGCCAAAGGCGACGUUCUUUUUCGGCGAGCCAGGCUGCCUUAAACUAAGUCCCAUUAAACAGACGCCAAAGCAGGAAACUAAACGCAGCAUAUUCGAUAGCAUAGGCGAGCCGGAGACAGAGCCAGAGAAAACAAAUGGAGAGAGCCUUAAACCGGCUGAAAUCGCGGCAGAAAACGAAAAGAACGUGGCACCAGUGCUCAAUGGAAAUGAGUCCCCGGAGCAGCAGCAAGAGCUGGAAACAAAAUCCCAGCCAAGCUUUGAAAGUGGCAAAAUUGAAGCUGAAGAAAAGGAUGCAACACCAGAACCAACGGAAAAGCCAGUCGAAAUUGCGACUGAAAAGCCAAGUGCAACACAAGAAAUCUCAAAUGAACAAAUGGAGGAAAAGCCUGAAAAAUCCGAAGAAAACGUCGAACAAGUUUACAAGGUGCGGCUGAUAGAAACGGCAGACGAAGCGCUGGAAAUAGUUAGGGAAAGCAUUAAAAUUGAAACAACAAAAGAGGCAGAUGAUCUGGAAUCCAGAAAGAAGCUUCCACUUGUAGCUGAAAAAACUGAUGAAGAUAUUAAGAAACUAAACAAAAUUCAUGCCGAAGGAGAAGAAGCCCCUAAGCCCAUUGAUGAUGCAACGGCAGCUGAAAAGAACGCAGAACCUGCAGCUGAACCAGUUAAAGAAACUCUGAAAAACAACACGAAAACGAUUGCAAACGAACAAACUGAGCCACAGCAGGCACCAGCAGUUGCAAUUAUCAGCGAAUCUGUUGAGCCAGCUGCAAAUGGAGCACAAAUCGUUGAAGCCGACGUAACUGCUGCUGCUACUGCUAAAAUAUCAAUACCUGCUGAUGACCCGGCUGCUGAGAGUGGCAACAACAAAGAGUUAUCGGAGACAGUACAAAAUGAAUUGCCUAGCACCUCGAAGGUCGUAAACCCAACAGAUAAUCAAAACGUCAAGCCUGAAAAGCCUAUAGAAAACAAAUCCCUAGAGCAGAGCUGUGAAGCAAAGGAAACCAAGGACAGCAAGCCAGGAAUUGCGGUCUCAAGUGCCGCGCCCGUGAGCCAGGACAGAAAACUAAUGCUGCUGCCCAAUCGCAAGCGUCGUCUGGCCGAGUUUGCAGCGCCCGCAGCGCGUCAGUCCACAUCCGAAAGCGAACUGGACGUACAUGGCGAGCUUCAGCUGGAGGAUGAGCAGCAGCAACACUUGGAUGCUUUGGACAACGAUGACGAUUUGGAUAUUGGCGGUAAGCGCAUCAAAAUGCGCCCAAAGAUCACCAACGUUGAGGUGCGUCGCAAGGUGGAGGCGCAGAAAACACAAAUCGAGGAGACCACCUCCUCGAGUGGCGAGGAAGAUGCGCGCAGUCGCCGCAAGAUCAUUGCGCCCAAACGUCAUCUGGAGAAGCCCAAUCCGGUUAAGCAAAAGCCCACACUGGCCGAAAUAAUUGAGAAGAAAUUGAAAAAGACGCCAGAAAAGCCAAAAGAAGAGUUGCCCGAGCAGAAGCCGGCGCAACCGCCACCGCCGAAUCCGGCGACCAUGACAACGACGAUGACGCAGCCAGUCAACGAGGUCACGCCGCCCGCAGUGGCAAAAGUCGAACCGGUGCCCUUUACACCGCCCAAAAAGUCGCCCAUUACGAAGCCGCUGAAAAAAAAUUUGCUUACCCAAAUCCGUCAGGAGGAGAGCGACGAGGAGGCCAUACCCAGAAAGCGCACCAACAGUGAAACAGUUGUCGGUCCAGCGCCAGUUAACCCAGGCUUUGAGUCCACACUGCAACGCAAACGGCGCAGCAGCGAGGAAGCCAAAGAGUCCAAGGAGGCCAGCGCUAGCGGCGAAGAGUUGCCCGCAACUAGCGAGAAACUCAAGCGCAAUAAUGAUCAGCAAUUUCUAGAGGAGGAACUGCCCACAUCAGCACCUCAGCAGUCACAGCCAGUGAAGCAGUCGACACCACAGCCGCCGGCUACGCAAGCAACACCUCCACCCGUCAAGCAGGCAACACCGCCUCCUGUGAAGCAAUUUGCAGCUGCUCCCGUGAAGCAAGCAACACCUCCACCCGUCAAGCAGGCAACACCUCCACCCGUCAAGCAAGCAACACCUCCACCCGUUAUUCAGGCAGCACCUACUCCCGUCAAGCAUGCAACACCUCCACCCGUAAAGCAGGCAACGCCGCCUCCCGUGAAGCAAACAACAUCUCCACCUGUGAAGCAAGCUGCAGCUCCUCCCGUAAAGCAAGCAACAUCUCCACCUGUGAAGCAAGCUGCAGCUCCUCCCGUAAAGCAAGCAACACCUCCACCCGUGAAGCAAGCUGCAGCUCCUCCCGUAAAGCAAGUAACACCUCCACCCGUGAAGCAGGCAACGCCUCCACCCGUGAAGCAAGCAUCACCUCCACCUAUCAAGCAAGCUGCAGCUGCUCCUGUCAAGCAGGAAACGCUUCCAGUCAAAAAAGCAACAACCCCUCCCGGCAAGCAAGCGACGCCACCGUCGGUUAAAAAGGAGGCGCAGCUGGUCAAGCAGGCAACACCACCAGCUGCUAAGGAGGAUACGCCACCACCAGCCGAGUCCUUGGGACGGCGCUCUGGACGUCGCGGUGGCGCCGCAGUUGUCUAUUCGGAGCUGCCGCAGCCCAAGCGCACCAGGGGUGGCCCCAAAGAAAAGCCCGUCGUUGAAAUCAAGCAGCAUAUCAAAGAAGAUCCACUUAAAAUUGAAGAGGAUGUGAAGGACGAGGAGAAGCGCGAGGAGGAGGAGCAGCCGCAAACAGCUAAAACAAAGGAGGAACCCCAGGAGGAAUCCAAAAGUGAUCCACUCGCUGAGGAGGAGCUAACGAUCGAGGAAGAGCCUAAAAGCAAGGAGGAGUCUGAAGAGCCAGCGGAAAAACCAAAGAGUUCAGAGCCCAAGGAGGAGAUUGCAAAGCCAGCUGGCGUGGGGCGUGGCCGGGGUCCGCGCAAAAAGCGUGAGGUGGACACUACGAACAUAAUUGACACCAACGACUCGGAGACGCCGGUGCGUCAAUCGCGUCGCAUAGCGCAGCAGAAGAUCAAGGAGGAGGCGGAGCGACGCAAAUUGGAGGAAGUGGCGUUGCGCACAAUGAAACAGCAGCUGAAGAACAAGAAGAAGGCAGAGAAGGAAUCGGAUCCCACUGUGCUAGAGCCCUCGGCAGAGUCCGAGUCUUUCGAGUCGGCCAGCGAAGCCGAAGAGACCAAAAAGAAGAUCAAGAAAAAAUGUCCCGGCAAGGAUGGCUGGUCCUCGGACUCCGAGGAGCAGGCUGAAACCGAGGAGGAGGAGGAAGAGCCACCACACUAUGAGACAGAUCCCGGUUCGCCGCUUUUUAAAUCCGAUCACGAAUUCUCACCUGAAUCGGAACUGGAGGACGACAGCCAAGUGGUGCCCAUGAAACGGGCACGCACAUUGCGCAAAGAGAAUGCCGACGAGGAGGAUUACGCAGCCGCUGCAGAUGCGGACGAAGCGUGCCAGAAGUGCGGCAAAUCGGAUCAUCCCGAAUGGAUUCUCUUGUGCGACACGCCCGGCUGCAACAAAGGCUAUCACUGCUCCUGUCUCAGUCCCGUGCUCUUCUACAUACCCGAGGGCGAUUGGCACUGUCCGCCCUGCCAGCAGGAGCAGCUCAUCGUUGCCCUCGAGCAGAAACUGCAGCAGUUCGAUGAUUUGGUUGCUCGCAAGCACCAGGAGAAACUUUUGGCAGAGGAGGCAGUGCGCCAAGCGGAAGCCGCAGCAGCUGCGCGGACCGCCAGCGAGCUGGAGGAGCGCUCCAAUGCGAAGAAGAAGGAUGACAAAGAUGAUGGCGAAGACGAUGAGGAUGACGAUGACGACGAUGAUGAUGACGAUGACGAAGGCGAUGGUUCCAGCAAGGCCAACAAGCGCUCCAAGCCGGAAAAAACGAAGAGACGACGCGGUGACGGACGCAGCAAUCGGCGUGCAGCUAAACGCGGCACUCGACGCCGUCGCGGUGGCAAGAACGACGCAUCGGACAGCGGCAGCAGCGCCACGAAGGGCGGCAACCAACAGUCGGGUGGCGUAGGAGGAGCACGCUCGGGGGGCAGCUCCAGCAGCAGCGAUAGCAGCAGCAGCAACAGCAGCAACUACUCGGACUCGGACGAUGAGCCCAUCUACAAGCUGCGCAAGCGUCGGCAGAUCAAUGUCAGCUAUCGGCUCAAUGAAUACGAUGAUCUGAUCAAUUCGGCGCUAAAGAAAGAGAUGGACGAGGUGGCGGGGGCUGGCAAUCUGGGCAGGGGCAAGGACAUCAGCACCAUCAUUGAGGCGGACAAGGAGAAGACGCGACGCGAAGAGGAGGGCGACGAUGAGCCCGAGGAGGGCGUUCAGGCACAGGCCAAGGCGGCAAGGGUCAUGUCAGAGACGCAGCACAAAUCCAGCAACGAGGAUGACAGCAACGACGACAACGAGGAUGAGCAGCCACUGAAAACGGUUGGCAAGUCCAAGAGCAAGGCGUCUCAGCCGGUUAAAAAGAAGGCACGUAAACUGACCACACUGGAUGUUAGCUCCGAGGAAGAUCAUGGCAGCGAUGAGGACUUUAAAACUUCCAGUUUUUCGGACGAGGAUAGCUCGCAAUCGGCCUCGGAUGAUUCCGAUUCCAGUCUGGAGGUCUAUCGCCGGCCCGGGCGUGGCAAAAAGCAGCGCAAGGCAGCUCGACGUGCCGCACGUGAGCGCCGCAAGGAUCGCAAAUUUGUGGUGGAGGAGAGCGACGAAAGCGACGAGGAGGAGCAGCGGCAGCAACGCUCCAAGGCCAACAAAUCACAAAAGAAGAAAAAGAAAGAAGAUUCCGACUACACAGAAACGGAAACUGACGACGAUGAUGACAACGGUUCCGAGUUGUCGGAGAACAUGGACAGCGCUGAUCUGUGUGAUGACACAACCAGCGAAAGCGAGGACGGCACCUGGCAUCCAUCGAAGCGCAAGAAGGCAGCCGCUGCCAAGAAAUCCUCCAUGGCCAUCGCACGCAAGUCUCCGAAAUUGAAGAAGCCCGCCAACAAGAAGACCAAACAGCUCGAGUAUUCGGACGAUGACAUCAGUGAGAGCGAGGAGGAGGACGAAGAGGAUGACGACGACGAAGUCCAGAUGGGUGCCAAUGGUGCGCCCAUGUCGGGCAAAGGUUCCGGCAAACAGCCGCGUUCGCAGCCUUUAAAGAAGACGACAACAACGACAGCAACGUCGGCGCAGGCGCAGUCGUCCGGCAAGGGCAAGGGCAAAGGCAAGGGCACCAAGAAGAAGAAGAAGGCCGCUUCCUCUGAUGAUGGCGGCGGCGGUGGCGGCUCCGAUGAGCGUACGCGUACACGAGGCCGUCGCUAUGCCUACAUUGAGGACUUUGACGAUGACAGCUCCGAUGGUGGCAUCAAGCCGGGUGUACAGCGUCCCGAUACACCGCCCGAGGAGCGCCAGAAGUUCAUACAGAAGCAGGAGGAGAUCAAGCGCAUGCUAGCCGAAAAGAAUGCCGAGGGCGCCAAGCUGGCGGCAACGCCACGCCUAACCCCAAUCAAGGGCUCAACAGCCGCAGGAGCAGCAGGCGCAGCAGCAAUGGCAGCCGCUUCCCAGCAGCUGAAGCAGCGUACGCCCAGCAAAGUGGGCGCUACUCCAGGUGCAGGUGUAGGUGAUUCGCUGUCUACGGUGCCGUUGUCUGUGAUACGUCAGGCCAAGGUGCUGGACAUUGAUUAUCUGCAUCGCAAGGGCGAGGCCAUUGAUGAUCUGGACGAUGUCGACUCGGAGCUGGAUGAUACCGAGCUGCCCGAUUUGCCCGAAGAUAUGGAGGAUGCCAUUGCGCGCAUGGUGGUCGAGCAGUUUAAUUCGGAGUCAUCUGUACGUGACCUGCCGCCACCGGAUGAGGUGUUGCGCCAUGCCACGCCAGCCAAAGCGAAGGUGUCCAAACAGCUGGCAACAACGCCUCCGGAACCGUUGCCUAGCGCCUCGGGGCUGCAGGAGCCGCUGCGCAAACGCUUGCCCAUGCCCACCAUGCAUCCGCCGCUGCUGCGUCAUCAGUUCUCGCCGCAUGGUCCACCAGGUGGGCUACCCGCCUCGCUGCUGCCGCCGCCGCCGUCUGGGCAACAACAACAUCAGCAGCCGCCACCAGGCAUGCAUCCAAUGCUGCAGCGUCAUCUGGCACCACCGCCGCAGGCCAUGCAGCUGCUGCAGAAUGCUCUCUCCGCGCCGCUGGGCCAGCCGCUGAGUCGCGCGAACUAUGCGCCUGCACAGCAACAGCAACCGCUGUCGGCCAUGCAGCGUCUGCCCUUGGGCAUGUCCAUGCCGGCUGCUGCAGCAGCGCAUCUGAUGCAGGCCGCCGCUGCGGCAGCCAAUGUGCGUCCGCCGGCGCCAGCGCCCGAUUCCAAGCCGCGUGGUCGCCGAAAAAAGGUCACGCCACUGCGGGAUCAACUGCAGAAGCAGCAAACCGCUGCCGCUGUCACCGCCGCCACAUCCUCGGUGGGCAACGAGAAGCCAGCACCUUCGGGUAAGGCGCCGCUGCCGCCGUCGUCGCUGCCAGCGCCGCCACAGCUCUUCAAGCCACACGAGGAUGCGCCGCCGUCGGUCAACGUCUCGCAGGCUUCCGUCAUAACGCGCAUGCCCAUGCCCUCGCUGCUGCCGCCGGCGCACGCACGUGGACCACCACAGCCGCCGCCCGGCGCUGGCAUGUAUCCGAGCAGCGCGGAACUGGCCCGUUUCUAUGGCCAGCCGCUGCCGCCGAGCUCCGCGUUGCGGCCCACCUAUGGCGCUCCGCCGCCAUUGCGUGGUGCACCGCCGCCCACGUCAACUGGGGCAGCACCGCCUGGCAGUGGGCCCAAUGCGCGUCCACCGCCCUAUCUGCACGGCCCGGAGCAUCAUGGCGGUCCACCGCCGCCUGGCUCCUUGGCCAGCGUCUAUGGCGCCGGUCCGCCACCGGCGCGGCAUGCUUCACCGCAUCUAAAUCCCUACAGAGCACCGCCCAUUUAUGGCAAUCCCAACUAUCCGCCGCGCGUGGCACCGCCCGGCAGCGCCAAUAUGCGACCCGGCCCUGUGGACUAUGCAGCCGGUGCGCGUGGCUAUCCAGCCUAUGGCUACUAUCCACCACCAUUGGGCACUCCGCCCGCGCAUGCAGCUGCGCCCAGUUCGGUGAUUGUCAGUGCGCCGCCACCGCCGCCGCCUGCCACGCCCACAAAUCAUUCAGUAUCCGCACUGACGCGCGGCAAAUCGCCAGCACCAACAACAGCGCCAGCUGUUGCGCCUCCACCUACCACAACAGCACCACCGCCGACACCGCCAGCCGCCGUCACGCCGGAGCUGCACAAAUCAUCAUCGGUGAUAACCAGCAAGAAACUGAUCACACUGGAGGCCUACUCCAAUACCAAAUCGCCGCUAGCUGAAACAACAACAACAACAGCAGAUUCGCCAGCAGCCGUGGCCGAGGAUGAUUCCAGCUCGGCGCACGGCAGCAGCAGCACCGCCGUCGCAGCGAACAGUGUGGGCGGUGGUGUCGGCGAGUUUAGCGGCCUGGUGAGCUACUUCAGCUCCCAGCAGGAUGAUUAUGAUACAUAACAAACGCCGGCAACCGAAGCCCAAGCUUGUAUAUAAUGUAGUUGAUCUAUAUAGAAAUGUAUAAUGUGUAGAGUAUGCGAAUGUCCUAUGCUAAAGGGGGGCAUGUGGCUAGCCCCCGUUUUAGGCGACUUAUUGAAAAUUUCAAUCCUCACACACAAGCACAUACACACAAAUACACACACACACACACACGCAAUCAAAAAGUGCAUAUAUAUAUAAAAGUAGCGUAGAGUCUUUUACAACGACAAAAAAAAACAAUGGGAAAUUUGUCAACUCGUUGGUUUUUUUUUAAAUUAAAUUAAAUAUAUAUUUAUUUUAAGUUUAGGCACCUAUUUACUUGACCCUAUGCUCUAUGUGCUCCUAGAGUCGCUUCAACAACAGCAACAACAACAACUUAAGUAUUUUAGUUUAAUUGUAUAGUACGAUAUAUGCCAGUUCGAUUUGUUAAUGUUUAGCUGCGCCUAUGCUCGACCAUUAUAUCGAGCGAUAUCAAUUAUAGAAGCAUUGCAAAACAAUUAUGAUAAUAAUUUAUAUACAUAUAAAUACCUACUACACCAUUACCCUAUAUGAUAUAUACGUAUAUAUAGUAAACUAAAUUAAACUAAACUACAAAAUAACUAACAGUGCAUAUUAUACAAAGUUAAUUUACUUAACAACUAUGGAUAAAAUGACGUAUACUACAAAUGAAAUUAAAGAGAAGCAAAUCAUCAAAUAAAUCUAAUAUUAGUUGAAUAAAAAUAUAAAAACAUA